UUCUUUAAUACUGAGUCAAUAGAUGACGAGCGAAUGAUUGAAUGUCGGCACGAUUUUAUAACCUUUAAGGAUUACAGAUUUAAAAACAAAAAUUGAUAAUUAUAGUUGAAAAAAAAACUUGUUUUAAUAUUAUUUUAGAGAGUUCGUUUAUUCAGAAAAAUAAGUUUAUUAAUUAUUAAAUAUUAAUUAUUAAAAUGCCGAAAAUACGUGCGGAAAAAGUAUCUCGUGUACAUAAAGAGGUUACAAGACAAGGUAUUCAAUUUAAUAAGGAUUUUGGUCAACAUAUUUUGAAAAAUCCUCUUAUUAUACAAAACAUGGUUGAAAAAGCUGCAAUUAGAUCGACAGAUAUUAUAUUAGAAAUUGGUUCUGGUACUGGAAAUAUGACAAUCAAAAUGUUAGAUAAAGCAAAAAAAGUAAUAGCAUGUGAAUUAGAUCCAAGAAUGGUUGCAGAACUCCAAAAACGUGUACAAGGAUCACCUUAUCAAACAAAAUUACAAAUAAUAGUAGGAAACGUUUUGAAAACAAAUUUGCCAUUUUUUGAUUUGUGCAUUGCUAAUAUUCCUUAUCAAAUAUCGUCUCCAUUAGUAUUCAAGUUACUUUUGCACAGGCCUAUUUUUAGAUGUGCAGUACUUAUGUUUCAAAGAGAAUUUGCAGAACGUUUGGUAGCAAAACCAGGCGAUAAAUUAUAUUGUCGUCUUAGCAUCAAUACGCAACUUUUAGCACGUGUAGAUAUGUUAAUGAAAGUUGGAAAAAAUAAUUUUAGACCACCACCAAAAGUAGAGUCAAAUGUAGUUAGAAUAGAACCUCGAAAUCCACCACCACCAAUUAAUUAUCAGGAAUGGGAUGGAUUAACAAGGAUUACAUUUGUAAGGAAAAAUAAAACCCUUUCAGCUGCAUUUAAACAAACUACUGUAAUGACAAUGUUAGAAAAGAAUUAUAAACUUCAUUGUAGUUUAAACAAUAAGACAGUACCAGAAGAUUUUGAUAUAAGAGAAAUGGUAAAUAAGAUAUUGCUAACUGUUAAAGCAGAAAAUAAGCGAGCUAGAACUAUGGAUAUUGAUGAUUUUAUUAGCCUCUUACAUGCAUUCAAUGCUGAAGGAAUUCAUUUUACAUGAAUAAAGAAAAAUUCUUAUAUUUCAUUUUCUUUAAAUGAUCAAAUUGUGAAAAUCAUCAGGAUUAUAUAAAAAAUCCAAAGAGA